CAAAAUAAAAAACUCUAGAUAAAAAUGGCUGUUCCAAAGUAUCUAAUCUAGUAAAAAGACAAACAGUUUUCAUAGACUUUGUUGAACCAAGUCUCAGAUUAUGGAAUUUAGUUUAGUUGAUGACACUAAAUUAUAGUCUUACAAAUAUUUCGUGUAGCCUAAGUCCACCAGUUAGUUUGUUGUUAUUGUUGUUGGCCAGCUUAAUCACUCUAGGCCUAAUUUAGCUCAUAUUUAUUAGACCACCUCAUCAAAAUGAUGCAGUUUAUGCUUCUCUUCAGUAGACAAGGAAAGCUCCGUCUGCAGAAAUGGUAUGUCGCUCAUCCAGACAAACUGAAAAAGAAAAUAACAAGAGAACUCAUAACUACAAUUCUUGCUCGAAAGCCUAAAAUGUGCAGCUUUCUAGAAUGGAAGGACGUGAAAGUAGUUUAUAAGAGAUAUGCUAGUUUGUAUUUCUGCUGUGCCAUCGAGCAAAACGACAAUGAACUCUUAACGUUGGAAAUCAUUCACCGUUACGUGGAACUUCUGGACAAAUACUUUGGAAGUGUAUGCGAACUGGACAUCAUCUUCAACUUUGAGAAAGCUUACUUCAUCCUUGAUGAACUGUUGCUGGGAGGGGAAAUACAGGAGACAUCAAAGAAGAAUGUGCUGAAAGCCAUCGCAGCACAGGACCUUCAACAAGAGGACGAAGCUGUGGAAGGAGCGCUGAGAGAGAUCGGGUUGCUGUAGACGACACGUAGACUAGUGCUUCUCACCCGACACAUCCACAACCGCACAACCUGUGUAUUGUACUUGUAGAACUAACCAUGUAGUAUGAGCUAGGGCUGCGGCAUUGACUUUUGUAUACUUUCUAGUAGUUGAGUUCUACGACUAUUGUUUUAUUCAUCCCAUUCUUGUGUAGCUGAAUCCAGCUUUAGAAUGUAAAAGUAGUUUUAUUGAGCCGCUGACACAGUACUGAUCUCCGUCAAGUACGCAAACUUUUUUACCUAGCGGAGUUGAAACAAUAACUUAUUAUAAACUAUGGCAUCCUCUAUGUCACAUCAAAUAUAGUACAAAAACUUAAAAGAGAAAUUUUAACAGCAGUGCUAUGACACUAUGAGGGGCUGAGCUAACUUGCGAUUUGUCGAGAAUAACCAUUUUUUUUUUUGCAUAAACUUUGUUCUUUUUGAGUAAAAUGUUGGCUAUUGCUAGUCCAUAUAAAUUUAAUAUCUACGUCAGUAUUUAAAUUCAAAGGUUUUUCAACCUUGACACAAUUUGGUCUUGUUUGUUGAGGUGGUUAUGUUAAUUGGGAGCUAAAUUGUCGAUAUAUUAGAGAUUCUAAGAGGGGACUUAAUCUCUAACAUGAUUUCUUGUAACCGUUGAAUUCACAAUCCUGUGUUUGAAAUUGCACUUUAGUAAUAAUAGUGUUAUAUAACCUAAAAAUCAUCAUCUGAAUGGGUCGUUCACAAUUGAUUCUUUACAUUUCCCAUCGCUGAUUGCUAAGAAGGUGCUGAUGUCAACUUUAGUUGUUUCAUAUAGGUUAUUAAAAUCGUGUAACUUUUCCAAUUUCACUUUUAUUUUGAGCAAAAAGACUUAAUCUUCCAGGGUAUGAUUAAAAUUUUAUUGUCAAACAAUCGAGAAGGAUAGGCUAUUAGUUCAGAUAAGUGUAAGUUGCUGACAGGGACUCACUUUUUAAAACUACCUACUUUAUGUUUGUAUCACCUUUUACUUUUAAAAACUCUUAAAAUGAAAUGUGUAAGAUGAAAAAUUAGCUGCAAAGUUUAAUACGAGUUACAAGGAAAUAAAAACAUUUUAAUGUUGUGACAGUGUACCUUGCAUUUAAAUCCAUUUUCGUACUCUUGAUUCAAGACGAACAACAGAGCCUAACGAACAAUCUGUUUACACAUUCAAAUACUUAUAGUCAAUGUCGUAGCUAGUCUGAAUUUGUAUGGUAAAUUUUUUUUAACAAAAAAAUUCCCAAUUCAACUUUUCAUGGUAUGUUGUGAAAUGUACCAAUUGUAUUUUCUAACACAUACUUGUAUUGUAGUAAAUUAAUGCGGUGUUGAAUCGGAAAAAUAAAUCAAUACAAUUUAAAGUUUUUGUAACAAUAUGGGUUAAGGAAUAUCAAAAUUGUUAUGUUGGGAUUAGAAGUGCUGGUCACAGAUCUUUACAGUAAACUUAAUUACAAUUUUUGGAAAUUUAACGCAUAUAUCUUGUGACUUAGGGAUCUUCCUUUAGAUGUUUUCCAUUUUAUAAAUAGUUGGUGUCUCCAUAGCAGAUUUUGAACCUUUAGCAUAUCUAUUAUCCUUUUCAUAAAAACAUUCUACUUGUUAAAUUUCACCAUGAAAAUUUCUCAGUGUAUUUUGAAUUGCUUAGUUUGCCAGAAGCAUACUAGGUGCAGUACAUAAAAUGUAAAACAAAUAUGUAUUUCACAAUGUGCAUUAAAUUUAAAUAUGCAAAAAUUGUUAUAAUUUAAAAACAUUUCUUGGAUUGUGUGCUCUGUAAUUUAUAUUUUCAUUUCCAUAACGUAACUGUUGUAGCAUUUCUUUUGACUAUUAGCUGUAAUUACAAAAAUAUAUUGAACAUUGUGUAAAGUAAACAACUGUAAACAGUAUCUGUGAAAGAUACCAAGCUGUCAAUUAUUAUUAAAAAGUCAGAAGAACUUAACGUCAAUGUUUUAAAACUGUAUUUUAAAAAAAGUUGCUGUGUUUAAACAUACUUAUGUUGAAUUAGUAUUUUGAUAACAUUUUGAAAUAUAAUGAAUUAGUGUGAUUGGAUGGUUUAAUUAAAAUUUGUUAUGGUGCUUAUAUUUUACUCUUAGUUAAUUUAUUUGGUUUGCCAGUUUUUAAAUCUAAUUUUAUUUACUGAAGAGAAUUUAAAGUGAUUUUCAUCAUAGAAUAGUAUAUUUCAUAACUAGGGCUUAAAGUGACUCUUUUUGACCCGAGGUUGAGUUUUACGAUCUAGGCGAAGCCGAGGUCGGAAAAUGAGCAAGGGUUAAAAAGUCACUUUUUGCCCGUGUGGUGAACUAUAUUUUUUGUCAUAUUGCAUCAUUAAUUAACAAACAAAGCUAGAAAACAAAAUAAUUUUUAUGUAAAGAUAACCUCUCAAAACGACUUCCAGCUUGUUUUCAAUUCUGCUAAUGCAAAUAAGAAGCUGUUUAAUAAGUGAUACAAUCAUUUCGUCUAUUACGAUUGUGUUACAGUACAUUAUACCAUAAUAUGUCGAGCAAUCGACAACAAUAGGCUAACCUCCUUACGUAAUAAAUUAAUCGAUAAAUAAUUUCAAUCGAUACGAUUACCAAAAUCGAAAUUUACAACGGUUUUCAACAGCUCCCUACUCCCUAGUGAGUAAAAGUGCUACUUUAGACCCGCAACACAUGCAUUAAAAACGGCUGUUUUUGCUGCAGUAUGACAAAAAAUUAAUUAGUUUGUGAGUUAGGGUAAAUUUUCUGUGUAGAAGUAGUUCCCAAUUUGGAUUUUGAUGCUUAACAUAGCUAAACAUAUUUUUUCAAGUUAAAAAAUAUGUUCAAACUGAAUUGGCUAAUUGAAAAAAUCUUUAUAAAUCAUCAGUUGGGAGGUCCGACAAUAAUUUAAAUGUUGUGGUUUGCUAAGGAAAUUUAAACUGCCAACAUUUAAAGAUGGUAUACUUCCUUUCAAUGUCAUCUUGUAAUUUUAAACAAGGUAAAACAAUAUCUGUUACAUACAGUACUUAUAUUUUUGGUUUGUUUAAGAUUAAUAUAAACUAGGUAUUUACUAAUGUAAAUCUACAAUAUAGAAUAUACUCAUCAUUCCUUAGAAGUAGAUUGUUUUAUUUUAUUUGUUUUAUACUUAAAUUUUUAUUAUUGUUAUUUUUGUGAUAUUGUAUUUGUAUACAAUAAAAGAACAAUUUUU